AUGCCUCCAAGUUACAUGGAAGGAGUCAAAAAGGAGCGGGUCGAGAUUCCGACACGAGAUGGGGCCAACAUAUCAGCACUGGUGUACAAGCCUGAAGUCAUUCCAGACGGAAGCCCCGCGCCGCUGGCCGUCCUGUACCACGGUGGAGGCCAUGUCAUGGGCAUCCCUGAGAUGGAGGAAAACAACGCCGUGACCUUGGUCCGCAACCACGGCUGCGUGGCUGUUAGCGUGGGCUACAGGCUCGCUCCAGAACACCAGUUUCCAAUUCCGGUCCACGAUUCGUGGGAUGCAUUCAAAUGGGUGGUCGCAAACGCGUCUCAGCUCGGGGCAGAUCCGUCCAGCAGAUUCCUUGUUGGGGGAUCAUCAGCCGGGGCCAACAUUGCAGCAGUUGUGUCGCAUCUGGCGCGCGACGAGCGAGUGGGCCCACCGCUGACGGGCGUUUUCCUCUCGAUUCCAAACACGCUGCCAGAAGGUGCCGUGCCGGACAAGUACAGGGAUAGGUACAGAAGCAGAGAGGAGAGCAAGAGCUACGAGCUGACGGAUGCGACGUCCAUGCUCGAGGCAAUGAGCCUCUACCAGGGCGAUGACGCCUCUCCGCUAUACGCUCCGUUCAAUUGGCCCAGCGGGCACGCGGGGCUGCCGCGGACAUAUUUGGUGGUCUGCGGGAUGGAUCCGCUGCGGGAUGAAGGGCUGCUGUACGAGUACGUGCUACGAACCGAGGGCCAGGUGGAGACAAAGAUGGAUUUCUACCCCGGCAUGCCUCAUGGAUUCUGGGCCGUGCAUCCGCAAUUCGAGGCGUCAAAGAAAGCAUGCGCGGACAUCGUCGCAGGAUGGGCGUGGCUGCUGAAGUGA